GGGCGAUGAGGAGCCCGCUCCCUUGAGGGAAGGAGUCGCGCCGGGUAAGGGCGGCGCCGCAUUGACGCGACCUUGGCAAGAGCCUGCGUGCGCCGCCCGGCACUGGGGCGCGGAGCCAGUCGGCGGACGCCGCUGACUCAGCCACUCCCAGCCCGGCAGAGGGCGGGGCGGCGGCGGCGGCGGCGGCGGCAGCAGCAGCAGCAACCGCGGCGUCACGGCAGACGUCACUCAACGCCCUCUCUCCUAGGUCUGCCCCCCCCAUGCACGUAGAGUGACGCCUCCGUUGAGCAAUGAGAAGGCGGCGGAGGGGGCCGGAUUUCCGGGGCGGGGCAGGGUCGUGGCGGUGCUGAGGAAGGGGGAGGGGCUCAGUGUUGGGUGCACGGUAGGGUUUGUGGGCGCGUCGGCCCGUCGAGACCCAGCCGUCGCCAUGCCCGGGAUUGACAAGCUGCCCAUUGAGGAGACGUUGGAGGACAGUCCUCAGACACGUUCUUUGCUGGGUGUAUUUGAAGAAGAUGCUGCAGCAAUUUCCAGUUACAUCAACCAGUUGUAUCAAGCCAUGCGCCGAAUUUAUGAUGCACAGAAUGAAUUAAGUGCAGCAACUCAUCUAACUUCAAAACUUCUAAAAGAGUAUGAGAAGCAGCGUUUUCCAUUAGGGGGCGAUGAUGAAGUUAUGAGCUCUACCCUACAACAGUUUGCAAAAGUGAUAGAUGAGCUCAGUUCUUGUCAUGCAGUACUUUCAACUCAACUAGCUGAUGCCAUGAUGUUUCCCAUUACUCAAUUUAAAGAAAGGGAUCUAAAAGAGAUAUUGACUUUAAAAGAAGUUUUCCAAAUUGCCAGCAAUGAUCAUGAUACUGCCAUUAACAGAUACAGUCGGCUGUCAAAAAGAAGAGAGAAUGAAAAGGUCAAGUAUGAAGUUACAGAAGAUGUGUAUACUUCCAAGAAGAAACAGCAUCAGACCAUGAUGCAUUAUUUCUGUGCAUUAAAUACUCUUCAGUAUAAGAAGAAAAUAGCCAUGCUGGAACCCUUGCUAGGAUAUAUGCAAGCUCAGAUAAGUUUCUUUAAAAUGGGUUCAGAAAAUCUUACUGAGCAACUGGAAGAAUUUUUAACCAAUAUUGGCACAAGUGUACAAAAUGUUCGCAGGGAAAUGGAUUCUGAGGUAGAAACCAUGCAGCAGACCAUAGAGGACUUGGAAGUAGCCAGUGAUCCAUUAUAUUUACCUGAUCCUGACACAACAAAAUUUCCUGUCCAUAGAAAUCUAACACGGAAAGCUGGCUAUCUUAAUGCAAGGAACAAGACUGGGCUGGUGUCUUCCAGUUGGGACAGACAGUUUUACUUUACUCAGGGUGGAAACCUAAUGAGUCAGGCAAGAGGUGACGUAGCUGGAGGACUUGUCAUGGACAUAGACAACUGUUCCGUGAUGGCUGUGGACUGUGAGGACAGAAGAUACUGCUUUCAGAUAACAUCUUUUGAUGGCAAAAAAUCUUCAAUCUUACAGGCAGAGAGUAAAAAAGAUUAUGAAGAGUGGAUAUGUACAAUAAACAACAUCUCUAAACAGAUAUACUUAAGUGAAAACCCUGAGGAAAUUGCUGCACGUGUAAAUCAGUCCGCUCUGGAGGCUGUCACACCCUCUCCAUCCUUCCAACAGAGACAUGAGAGCAUGCGGCCAACAAUACAAUCUCGGCCUCCAACAGCUCGUACUAAUAGCUCUGGGUCUUUGGGAUCUGAAUCAGCAGCUUAUCAGCACUUCCUGGAUUCCCUUGUUGCUCCUGACACACCGAUACAAUUUGACAUCAUUUCUCCAGUUAGUGAAGAUCAGCCUGGUCAGGCAAAAGCCUCAGGGCAGUCGGGCAGACGUACAAACCCAUUUGGUGAAUCUGGAGGCAAAAAAUGCAAAACAGAAGAUUCCAUUCUUCACCAGUUAUUUGUUAUAAGAUUCCUUGGCUCCAUGGAGGUUAAAUCUGAUGAAAGUCCAGAUGUUGUGUAUGAAACAAUGCGCCAAAUACUAGCAGCCCGGGCUAUCCAUAAUAUUUUCAGGAUGACAGAAUCACAUUUAUUAGUCAGUUGUGACUGUUUAAAGUUAAUAGAUCCACAGACGCAAGUUACAAGGCUCAGGUUUCCUUUGCCAAGUGUAGUCUUGUAUGCUACACACCAGGAGAAUAAACGCCUUUUUGGAUUUGUGCUUCGGUCCUCAGGAGGGAGAGUUGAGGGCCAUACAACAUCUGUCUGUUAUAUAUUUGAAUCAAACAAUGAAGGGGAAAAGAUUUGCGACUCUGUUGGACUGGCAAAACAGAUUGCUUUUCAUUCAGAAUUGGAUCGUAGAGCAUCAGAAAAACAAAAAGUAAUAGACAAAGUAAAGGAGAAACAGCAGAAAGAACUCAGUAAACAAAAGCAAAUUGAAAAGGACUUGGAGGAGCAGAGCCGAUUGAUAGCUGCUUCCAGUAGACCCAGUCAGAGCAGUGGAGAGGGACAAUUUGUAGUCCUUAGCCAUAGCCAGUCAGAAGACAGUGAUUUGGGAGAAGAUGGGAAGAAGAAAAGAGAGUCCGAAGCAUGAGGUUACUGAUCUUGUUAAAACUGGAAUCUUUGGACGUAUCUGUGGUGAAAUGGCACAAAUUACAUAAGAAGAGAAAAUGGAAAUGGAGGGUCUGCUUAUUAUAUAGAACACUUAACAAUAUGCUGACCAGAUUAUACUUUUUUUUUUAUUUUAAACAUUCAUUAACUAACUUUGCCUUUUAAUGUAAAUAAAUACCUUCUUCCAUGUGUCAGAAAGAGGCAUGGUGACUUGCCAUGUUUACUACAGAAUUACAUCUUCGACUUCUCUUAAAAUGGAAACUUUUUUUCACUUACCUGGUUAUGCAGCUGACUGUUUUGAAGCAAAAAUUCAUCUUCUGAUUGGGCUUCAACAGUACACUGAAAUAUUGUUCUUGAAAUUGCUGUACACACAACAUUUUGCGUGGAACAAAAGUGGGCUUUGAACUGAAACAGUGCUAAGCUGUAUCUAAAUACUGUUGCAGAGAAUUUUCUGGGUUUAUAAAAAAAUUAAUCCUCAAUAAUACCAGAUAAAUGUGCAAUAGUUUUAGAUUGAUGAGAGAGAGAUUAUAAUUUUUGUUUUAUGUUGAAUUGGAUGGUACUGUCUCUGUUUCCUUUUUAAUACAACUUACGACACUUCAUUGGAUAGUAAAAAAGAUUUUACUCCAUUUAACCUAGGUAAGACUUAGAAGGAUGUAUUUGCAUCUUGGUGCAUGGGGAAUUGUGUUAUAAACCCUUUCACUUCAAGAUGAGAAUACAGUGUGUAUAUUCCUGAAAGUAAAAGUACCACAUUCUCAGUUCUCUGUCAUGGGACUGUAGUAACUGUCCAGUACUUGGGGUUUACUUUAUAAUAAAAAGUAUGUUAACAUUGUGAAAAUGUUGGAUUGAACCAGCUGUUUUGAAGAUCUUUUAAAUACCCACAUGCCUUGGAACCAGUUCACUAAAUUUACUAGGAAGAGGUUGGCGGGGGAGGGGAUUGGGUCAUUGCAUGUAAAUGUAUUUUGCAAAAAAUAUUUAAUAGCAAUAGGGUGCAAGCAUACAAAUCAUACUUUCUAUCUAAACUGCUUGAAGCAUUUUUCACAGGUGUCUGCUUACAGCUCUUAAGCCUGAUCUCCAUACUACUGCAUGAUGUACAUAACUUAUUUUGUACUAUAUCAAAUGUGCUUUGACCUUUUCAUCCUGAAUAGGAAACCAGUUAAUGUAAGAGAAUUUAUUUAUUUUUGCACUGAUUACUGUAUAUAGUGAAGUCCAAUGAACAGAAGAUACAUUUAUGUAUCAGUGUCAGGGAAAAUCUAGUGUAGUACAGUAAUGCAAGGAAAUGUACUAAACAUGAAAAUAGAGAUUUAUCUCUGGGUCGGUUUCAAUUUAUAUAUAUUUUCCAGUUUAUAUAAGGCUUUCUACUUGUUCUAAAUGUCAUUUCUUAUUCAUUAUAUAAGUUACUGUAUACAUCCAUUCCCAUGAAUAGCUAUCCUUCAAUCUAGAAGACUGCCCAUUUAUUCCUGCCAACUUGAAGAUCCAAAGGCAGCAUAUGCAGAUUUUUCUCCCUGUUCCUGAUCCUAGGCUUAUAAAAGGAUGGUUGGUACCAGGAGUUUUGGACUUUCUAUCUCCGCAAUUUUGCAUUGGCUGCUUACGUUUCUGACUAACUUUUCUCACUUGUAUUUCUUCUUGCAGACCAGGUGACAGCCUACUUCAUACUUACUGUAUCUCGCAAUCUGCCUCCUCUACCUGCUUAAAAUCCAGCUAAAAAUUUCCAAAAACCCACAGAAAGAGUAUGAAAUCGUGUCUUUUCAGUUUCUAGUUUAUUAAGUGUUCUAGUUAUCUCCCUGUGCAGGAUUGCUUAGUGGAUUGGCCAAUUUAAGUGCAAACCCACCACACUUCAUGUGGGAGACAGUAUCUACUUGAAGUUUUCUUGAUAUUCAAUUUAAAAUUUUCC